ACAAUUCCACAACCGAAACAAUUUUCCAACGUGUCGCUCGUUGACGGUAACUUUUAUUGUUGCUGUCAAUUAUUUUGAGUGCGUUCGGUAAAAUAAAUAAAUAAAACUCUUUCGUGUAUGUGAAGUGUAUCGUGAUAUACAAUGGAUAUUGCCCUGUAGUCAUCUGAAGUUCAUAAUUGUAGUGAAAUUAAUAUAUUUUACCAGCAUAUUACAUUCCGUGAAGGAUGACGAUAGACAAACAGCUGGUAUGGGUCCGAGACCCCAACGAAGGGUUCGUGCUGGCGCGCCUGCACGAGCUGAUGGGCGAGGAGGCAGACAUCAUACCCAUAGACAACAAGCACCAGAGGCGAGUCUGCAGCUUCGAGGAUAUCUUCCCGGCUGGAGAGCCCAAUAAGGAUGUCAAUGAUAACUGUGAACUAAUGUUCCUGAAUGAGGCGACACUACUCAACAACAUAUUGACGCGGUAUUCAAAAAAUAAAAUCUACACAUACGUAGCAAAUAUUCUGCUUGCCGUGAACCCUUAUGAAGAUAUACGCGACUUGUACUCGUCGAGUACCAUCAAGAAUUACCAGGGUCGCUCCCUGGGUGAGCUGCCACCCCAUGUGUUUGCUAUAGCCGACAAAGCGUUCCGCGACAUGAAGUCACUGAAGCAAUCGCAGUCAAUAAUAGUGUCGGGUGAAUCCGGUGCCGGCAAGACUGAGUCCACUAAGUACAUAUUGAAGUACCUCUGCGAUCUGUGGGCGAAGGGAGCAGGGCCCGUGGAACAAAAGAUUUUAGAUGCAAAUCCAAUAUUAGAAGCGUUUGGUAACGCAAAAACAACUCGAAACAACAACAGCUCCCGUUUCGGCAAGUUUAUGGAAGUUCACUUCAAUAACAAAUACCAAGUGGUAGGAGGCUACAUAUCGCACUACCUUCUAGAAAAGUCAAGAAUAUGCACGCAGAGUGCCGAAGAACGUAAUUAUCACGUGUUCUACUUGCUCUGCGCCGGAGCACCGCCAGAGCUGAGAGCUCAGCUGAAGCUCACCAAGCCCGAUGAUUAUGCUUACUUGAAGAAUGGAUGCACACAAUAUUUCACUACACCUGCGUCGGAGAAAAAGUUGAACUCGUCUCAGAAAAGCAAACAGCAGCAGGCGAAGGGAGGGCUACGGGACCCCAUUUUAGAUGACGUUGAGGAUUUCCAAAGAUUACAUCAGGCGCUGUCGCGCGUGGGGCUGUCGGAGGAGGAGAAGGCGGGCGUGUACCGCGUGGUGGCGGGCGUGCUGCACCUCGGGAACGUGGAGUUCGAGGACGACGACGGGUCCCGCGGCGGCUGCGUGCCGCGCGACCGCUGCCUGCCCAGCCUGCAGGCCGCCGCCGACCUCCUCGCGGUCGACGCCGCCGAGCUGCGCCGCGCACUCGUCGCGCGCCUGCUGCAGAGCGCGCGCGGCAACAAGGGCACCGCCAUCAUGGUCCCACUGAAGACGUAUGAAGCAACAAACGCUCGUGACGCACUUGCGAAGUCGGUGUACAGCCGCCUGUUCGACUAUAUCGUCAACCGUAUCAAUCUCAGCAUACCAUUCCAGGCUUCCGCCUACUAUAUCGGCGUGCUUGAUAUCGCCGGCUUCGAGUACUUCCAAAUGAACAGUUUCGAGCAGUUCUGCAUUAAUUAUUGUAACGAGAAACUCCAGCAGUUCUUUAACGAGCGCAUUCUGAAGAAUGAACAAGAGUUGUACAAGAAAGAAGGACUCAACGUGCCCGAGAUCAGAUUUGUGGACAACCAAGAUUGUAUAGAUUUGAUCGAGAGUAAGAACCAUGGUAUAUUCCAUCUAUUGGAUGAGGAAUCUAAAUUACCGAAGCCAGAGUUUGGACAUUUCACGCACUCUGUCCAUAAAGAAUUGGGCACCAACAAUCCCAGACUGCAAUUGCCGCGCUCAUCCAGGCUUAAGGCCCACCGCACGUUGCGUGAUGACGAAGGAUUCCUGCUCAGGCACUUCGCAGGCGCCGUCUGUUAUAACACGAAUCAAUUUAUAGAGAAAAAUAACGACGCACUUCAUGCAUCGCUCGAGUUCCUGAUACAAGAAUCGAAUUCUCCGCUAGUGAAACAGUUGUUCCAGAAUGUAGACAACAACAACGCUAAAGGCAAAUUGAACUUUAUAUCUGUUGGUGCGAAGUUCCAAAGUCAAUUGUCGCAGCUUAUGGAGAAGCUUAAACAGAACGGCACGAACUUCGUGCGGUGCAUCAAGCCGAACUCAGCGAUGUGCCGUCGCGCGGCGGAGGGCGCGCUGGUGCUGGCGCAGCUGCAGUGCUCGGGCACGGCGGCGGUGCUGCUGCUGAUGGAGCACGGGUACCCGUCGCGCGCGCCGUUCGCGCACCUGCACCGCGUGUACGCGCCGCACCUGCCGCCGCGCCUCGCCGCGCUGCAGCCCAAGCUCUUCAGCGAGGCGAUCGUACACAGUUUAGGCCUCUCUGAUAAAGACUACAAGUUUGGAAUAACGCGCGUGUUCUUCCGACCUGGGAAAUACUCAGAGUUUGACACCAUCAUGAGAUCUGAACCUGAAAACUUGAAGAAAAUAGUAGAGAGGGUUCUGAAGUGGAUCAUAAAGUCGAGAUGGCGGCGUUCUAUAUUCGCCGUAUUGUCUAUUAUCAAGCUGAAGAACAAGAUACUGUACCGCCGCCAGUGCCUCAUCACGAUCCAGAAGACGAUUCGAGGACAUUUAGUCCGUAAGCAGCACAGACCUCGGUACCAGGCCAUCAUGAAGAUAAAGGCGCUCAAUGCCAACCUAAAGGACAUGGAGACGACCACAGCACAACUGAAGAAAGAGAAAGAAAGCGCGCAGAAAAAUAUAGAGAAUUUGAGGACUGCUAUAAACAGUGCAUGUGUUACCAUUAAGAGUAAUGAAAAAAUAUCGCGUAGUGAAGUGGACCAGAUAUACACAAAGUUGACCAAAGAUGUUGAAGCGCAAAUGGCGGCUCUGCAAAAAGCCAUGGUUGAUCAGAAGAACAGAGAGGAACAGGAAAGAUUGCGCAAAAUUGAAGCGGAGAUUCGAGCAGCUGAAGAACAGAAGCGCCAAGAGCUGGAGAAAAUCAAACAGGAAGAGGAGAAUCGCAGACUUAAAGUAGAAAUGGAGACGCGCAGAAAAGCUGAGGAGUUGGAGCGUCUACGUCAAGAGGAGCAGGACAGGCUCUCCGCACAGAAGAUGCAAAAGCAGCUAGAGGAAGCUGCCCGCGCGGAGCAGGAGGACCGAGAGAGGUUAGAACAAGAAAGGAGAGACCACGAGAUGGCCGUCAGACUUGCAAAAGAAACAAAUGGACACGUUGAGGGGUCCCCACCACAAUUAAGAAGUUUCCCCACAAUGGACUCAAUGAACGGAGAGAAUAAAUUGAACAGGUCAGAGAGAGUCAGAAUGCAGCAGGCCAUACAAGGCAAGCAGAAGUACGACCUAUCGAAAUGGAAAUAUUCAGAGUUACGUGACACUAUUAACACUUCGUGCGACAUCGAACUUUUGGAGGCAUGCCGCCAUGAGUUCCAUCGUCGUCUGAAGGUAUAUCAUGCGUGGAAGGCAAAGAACGCCCGCAAAACUACAAUGGCUGAACAAGAGAGGGCGCCACAGUCCAUCAUGGAAGCUGCCGCCAAGACGCCUCGCGUGACGCAGAAGGGCGAGAUCCUGGGCGCGCGGCACCGCUACUUCCGCAUCCCGUUCGUGCGGCCCGCCGGCGGCGGCGACCCCGUGGAGGCCGACCGCCGCGGCUGGUGGUACGCGCACUUCGACGGACAGUACGUCGCGCGCCAGAUGGAGCUGCACCCCGACAAGACGCCAGUGCUGCUGCAGGCCGGCGUGGACGACAUGCAGAUGUGCGAGCUGAGCCUAGAGGAGACGGGCCUCACGAGGAAGCGCGGCGCGGAGAUCCUCGAGCACGAGUUCGAGAGGGAGUGGUCGCGGCACGGCGGAGCCACCUACCUGCCGCCGGAUUUACGGAAACGUUAGCCGGCCUCGCUGGUACCUAACAUUCCUGAAAAUAAAGAAGAUGCGUGAUAUAAACAAACUGAAUGUAUCGUGGUACGGUCAGUAUUCGUCGAUAAACAGUUUGAUGUAACUCUUUGUCGACUUGACUUAUGGAAACUUAGGAAUUAAAUAACACAUUUUAUUUAUAAAAUAAUAAUUAUUAAUAGGGAACUAGUGCUUUCAAUGUGCCUUUCACAAGUUCCUAGGCGAAUUAGUGCAAUAUAUAUAUAUAUAGUAAUCAACAAAUAGCUAAACAACAUAGAAGAUAAUCCACAGAUAAUAUAAAAAUAAAUUCUAAACGAAAGUGCGCCAAAUACAGAAGUUAAUUUUCAAACUAUCAUUACUCUGUAAACAAUGACCUGAAUUGGCAUUUAUUAUUUUUUUGUUUAUUUAUGGUAAAUUUUCUUUUGAAAUGUCUAAAUUAUUAACUAUUAGGAAAAAGGUUUCAUUAUUAAAAAUUCUAAUAUAUUACUGAAUAGAUUUAUGUGUAAUUUUAAACAUUUCUGUACCGUAAUAGAAUGGUGUGAUAAAAAUUUGAACGUUGUGUAAGUUCGGAUUGUGCCUUUCGUAUUAUAAUAUAAUAAAAAAACGAUGUACGCAUGUUGAGUAAGCAAAUAAGCAUGUUUUACACUUUAUUGUUGUUUUAUAGAAAAUACUAAAGCUUAUUUGCAAUAAAAUGUCAAUUGUAUUAAAAAUAUACUUUUGUAGGCAGCUUACUAGAAAAUUCUAAUGUAACUCGCGAUGGUUUUUUAGAAAAUUUUAUAUAUGAUUUUUAAGUUCUUAUGAAGUAUAUUAGUGAUACCCGAAAAGAGAAGUACAAUAUCAGGUUGGGUGCUGGAUGCAUUAAAUAUAUAAUAAAUCUAAUAGUAUAUAAAAUAAUUAUGUUAAAUAUUUUGUUUUUAUACACAUAUUAUAUGUCUUAGAUAAGGCUAGUUAUAUGAACUAUAUUUUUGGUGGAAAAAAAACUGUGAUGUAAAAGUACAUAAAAUAGACAGAUAAAAAAUGUACUUUUAAAAGUAUUUAUUUGAGCAUUCCUUUCGUAAUUAUCGAGACUGGAUAAUAACACUCUUUUCCACUGACUCUUUCACUAAGUAUAAUGAUUACUUGACAGUAUUGGACAGCGAACAUUCCUAUAUUAUGUUUCCAUUUUUCGAUAUAUUUUUAUAUUCUACUAUGUAAUAUACAAGCCAUCCAUAUAAUUAAGUACAAGUGUUGUACAGCACCAUAAGUCUUUCGUCGAUGCCUUAUGUAUUUAAAAAAAAUAAUUAUGAAAAAACACGUUUACAAGUGGUGACAGUAGAUUUAUACAAAGUUAUUUACAUUAAAUGAAGUACACUUUUUUUUUAAUAUUAAAACAAUUUAAUAAAAUAUAUAUUUUGGUAUUCUAUUUGAAGUGAACUUCCCAUGUAGUGUAAUUUUUUUAUUAACCUUACGACAUAUAUAUUUAAAAUAAACAUAGUGUAUUUCAUGUCUUAUUUACAGCAACUAAAUAAAACAAAACUAG